UAUUGAGUUCGCGCGCCUUUCGCUUCACGCGGCGAUAAAUAAUUGUUCGAUAUUUAAAAAUCGUGUAACAUAACUACAGAUAAUAAAAAUUAAUCAUUGUUUACCGUGAUUGUGUUUGAAAUUCGAAAUGAUUCGUAAAGUUCUGUGCUGCCUUUAUAUAUUUUUUGGCGUUCUGCUAAGUGACAGUGCUAUAUCGGGAGAAAGUGAAACACGAUGUCGGACCCCCUCCACCGCUCCGCAGAAAAUAGAACAGGUGAUCACGCGGUGUCAAGAUGAAAUCAAAGUAUCUAUAUUAAGAGAGGCCCUGGACGUGAUUAAGGAAGAGCAUACGAUGCCGACGCAGAGGCGACGAAACAAGCGGGAGGUGCCGUUCACACACGACGAAAAGAGAAUCGCGGGGUGCCUGCUGCAGUGCGUGUAUAGAAAAGUGAAAGCCGUGGACGGCUACGGAUUCCCCACCCUAGAAGGCCUGGUGGGCUUGUACUCUGACGGCGUGAACGAGCGAGGCUACUUCAUGGCAGUGCUAGAGGCUUCCCGCGAGUGCCUCAUGAGGAACCACGACAAGUUCUCCCGUACUGUUCCUAUGGAUAACGGCCGGAAUUGCGACAUAUCUUUCAACAUCUUCGAAUGCAUCUCCGAUCGUAUCGGAGAAUACUGCGGCAACUCUGGACUUUGAAAAUAAUAUAAAACUUCUCUUUUUCCUUACAAUUAUUUACUUUUUCUGUAUAAUAUAACUGAGAGAACGUUUUCAUUGGUUAAUUACUCGGUUGCCGAGAAUCAUCGGUGGGUUAACAUCGAGUGAAAUUUGCCGAUCGGUCAGGAUGCGGGUAAAUAUUGGAUGGAAUUUUCCAGUCAGUUUCAUACUAUUGCAAAUAACAUCCAAUAAACAUCCAUAGCUAGCUAUUGGGGCCUUAAAUGUUACAUAAGCAGAAUUAUUACAAUUACAAGGAAAUAACGCACAGCAUUUUUCCUUGAAACGACCAAAACUUUCAAGUCGUCAUGAACUCAUAUAGUUAGUCGGACUGUUACCAAUUUCACGGACAACAAUUCUAGGCUUUCACCUAUUUAAUAUAACUCUUUUAGCGGUUGUAACUCAUCAUCCUGGUCACGGUAUCUCGAAGGUGGAAUUAAAACAAAAGGUAAAAUUAUUUCAAUUUAUAAUGAAUUCUUUGAUUAUAAUACCCCUACUCGGUUCUAAGCGAGUACUUAAAGGUUUUUAAACAUUCUGGCAAUCACAGAAAAUGCGUUUCGUUUUCGAGCAUAGACUAUGUGUAUAAAAAAACUACUAAUCAUCCUCAUAUCAUCAAAAAUAAGCUACGUAAUACUUCAAUGGCCCCAUAGACCUCCAUUCUGGAAUGAGCUGGAGACAUAGAUCAUAGACCAAUGGGUCUCGUUUUCAAAAUUCAAAAUUCAAAAUUCAUUUAUUUCAAGUAGGCCUA